CCUCGGCGUUCCUGGGAGGCGGCGUCGGCGCUCGCCCGGCCGGACGGCGCGGCCAUGGACCGUCGGAAAAAGCCUCUGGACGUGACGGCGUCGUCGUUGGUAGAUCUUAAGGCUGAACUCUUCCGAAAACAAGAAGAAUUCAAACAAGAAAAACUUCUGAAGGAUUCUGGAGUUUUGGGAAAACCCAAGACAACUAAUAAGAAACCAGGUAUUUGGAACAAACAGAACACAGGGAUUUCAAAUAGAGCUGAGAAGGAUGUUGAGCAGAAGAUUGAGGAACAGAAGACUUUGGACAAAGCAAGGGAAAAAUUAGAAGAAAAAGCCAAGUUAUAUGAAAAAAUGACUAAAGGAGACUUUAUAGAUGAGGAAGUAGAAGAUAUGUACCUUGUGGAUUUCACACAGAAGAUCAUAGACAGACGCAGAGAAAUGGAGGCAUUUGGUGUCGAUAGAGAGUCCUUGAAAGGAAUAGAAAGGGAUGAUGACGAAGAUGGCGACAACCUUCCUGAAAGAGACAUACCUCCUCCGCAGGACCCCAGUGAGGAAUGGGUGGACUACGUGGACUCUCUGGGGCGGUCCCGGCGCUGCAUGAGGAAGGACCUGCCAGACCUGCUGGAGAUGGACAAAAACCUUCAGGGGAGACUCUUUGUUAGUCCUGCAAAUGAGAAAACCUUGUUAUCUGAAGACAUGAGGAAAGAACUUCAGCGCCAGCAAUGGGAGGAAGAGGAAAGGGAAGCCCUGAAAAAGCCAGUGGGGCCCGUCCAUUAUGAAGACAUCCGAGAAAAUGAGGCCCGACAACUCGGUGUUGGAUAUUUUGCCUUUGCCCAAGACAAAGAGUUGAGAAACAAGCAGAUGAAAACUUUAGAGAUGCUACGGGAACAGACAACAGAUCAAAGAACAAAACGAGAAAACAUAAAGGAAAAAAGAAAAGCUAUGUUAGAAGCAAGACUUUCUAAGCUUCGACAAAAAAAGAUGAAGAAAAGCAAAGAAGAUGGGGCAGGAGAAGAAAAUGGAGAUGGAGACAUUAUUGGACCUUUGCCAUCAGAGGCAAAGGCUAUGCCAGCUCCAGCUCCAGCUCCAGUUGCCCAGAGCAGCAAGGUGGAAGUCAUCAUCCAGGAGAGGAAGGAUACCAGGCCAGGAGUACCUCACGUCAGAGAGUGGGACCGAGGAAAAGAAUUUUCCUUUGGUUACUGGUCGAAGAGACAGUCAGAUCUCCGGGCUGAGCGGGAUCCUGAGUUUGCCCCACCAUCAGAUUACUUUGUGGGUCAAAAGAGAACUUCUUUGAGUAGCCAGAUGUGGAACAGAUCUGGACCUGCACCAAGUGACCCCGAGCAGCCCUGUGCCCAGGGCCCGGAGCCCCGCACUGCACACAUGCCACCCCCGCCUGCUCGUGAAGCCACACCACAAGCCCCCACAGUCAAUUUUGAAACGCUGGAUGAUAUGAUAUCAUACUAUAAACAAGUAACAUGAUCUCCAACA